AUGUCAGGAUUAUUUAAAAAUUAUUCUAAGUUUGUGAGUGCCUCUGUAUUUGCAAGUGCAAACAAACUAAUAAUAAACCCAGGAAGAUGGAGUUUUAAUUCUGCAAACUUGUUUUACAAUCCUUCUUAUCGUUAUAGUGGAUUACCAUAAGGUAUUAGAGAAGAUUAAUGAAAUUAGGACAUGAAUUGACUGCAUUUUCUUUAGCUCAAAUAGCAAGUGCAUUGACACAUGAAGCUUAACAAUUUAAUACAGUAGAUGCUUUGAAAGAUGAAGCAUAAUUGAAUUAUCAAUUUUCAGCUUAAUGUGCUUUGGAGGCAAUAUCAUUCAUAAAAAAUAACAAUUGGUAAUAGGAAGUGGAGACAAGUGCUCAAUUGUUGUAUGUGAUUAGAAAUAAUGCUUUAUUAAAAGAUGUGAAUACAGAGAUUUUAUUGUAAAACUUAAAAUAAAAUGCUAAAUAUUUAUCAACAUAAAACAUAGUGGAUGUAGUAGUGAGUUUAUAAGAUAAUAAAGAUACAGAGUUUUGGUCUUAAUUUUUCAGUGGUAUAAAAAAUAAAGAAUUUUCUUGGGAAUUAUAGACAAUUGAUUAUCAUGGUUGGGAUACAGUACAAUUUGAUUAUUUGAAUUAAGUGAAAUAGUCAUUCAAAUUAAGUAACACAUGGGCAAUGUUAACUGCUUAAGAUUCUUAAAUAAAGAGAUUUAUUUUUGAAGGAGUACUCUUUGGAUAUACAAAUUUAUGGCUUCCACUUCUUUAUAGAGAAAAGAGAAUCAAAUAUGUAUUUGAUGAUAGAUCUAUAGACAGAAGUGCAUUUAAGAAUGCCUUGAAGAAGAUUAAUGAAGUCCAUAAUGUACAAGAUAUCCUUGGAAGAGCUUGAUACAAAAUAAAU